AUGAAACGUCUAAGUCGUCCCCGGGCAUUGGUCUGUCAUCUGCUGCUGGCGAUCAACAUUCUGACCGUUUGCUGCGGCAGUAGCAGCACGGGCACCGAUGUCACCGUUACUGCAGACGGUUCCCUGCCCUCCAUAGCAACCACAACGGAAGCUAAACCCAAUUCCAAGGAUCAGCAACAGGCCAAACACCGGCACCGGCGGGAGAACAGCGCAGACGACGGAUCGUCCCUGGGUGGAGCGAUCGGGCCCGGUCCCGGUGACGAUGGGGAUCGUGAGGAAAAUUUCAUCGCCUUGGCACCAGAUGAAGCGGAUAUUUAUAACUUCUCCAACAUCAUGAGCAUGACGAUGGCGAACGGGCCGGUUGGUGCCGGCGGUACGCGCGGUACCAAUGUAAAUGAGGCAAAUCCAUUUAAUGAAUUUCGCAACACACCACGCCAACGCGACCGCUCCCCAGGGCCGGAUGCUCCCGGUGACAUUGAGCAGCUGCCGGUGGCAAAGGGUGAAAAGGAGCUGCCCGAACUGACGCUGGACGAUGAGGGUGGAUUCGGUGGGGAAACGGUGGGAGCCAUCGGACCGCUAAGAAGUCGGUUCGACGCGGAACCGAACGGUGACGAUGUGGACGGUGGAAACGGCGGUGAGGUCGAUGUAGAUUCCGAGGAUGAUAAUGCGAUCGAGCGUAGUCGCUUUCUGGCGAAGGGCCCGAUAGCAACCGAUGGCCAGGAUGGACGUACGUCCCGUACCGAUUCCGAUGCGGCACUGCUGAGCAACAGCAUCGACUUUCUGAACUCGAUCGAUGGAGCGUACCUGCUGACUAACGCCGCAAACGGCGGACAGGACGGGGAGGACACCGGCAAAAAUGGUGAUCUUGCGCGGAAAAUAUUGGACGACAAUGACAAUAAUAUCGCAACACGCAAACCAACGCAACCAAGUGCAGUGGAUGGCACCGAUCAGGACAUUGGAGAGAAUGAACUGUUCGACCAGAUGGAAAAGAAGGCCAAAUCGUACCGCUUGAAGUUGUACAAAAAGCACAAGAACUUUAAGCACACGCACCACCAUCGGGGUGGAUUGUAUCACCAGCCAUACCAUAAUUUUCACCACGACUACUACCGCCGCAAGAUGUUGGAGCGUGAGCGUGAACGCUGGAAGAAGAUGCAGGACCUGAAGCCGGACUACCAGGGCCAGAUCAACUAUUACGAGAACUCGAACAAGCUCGAAACGAACGACGACAUUAUGGCGCAUCUGAACGGCCACAGCAGCCAGGAGAAAUGGCCCAACUUCGACAAGGUGAUGACCUCGCUCAAGACGGAAAGUAAACCGGACAACAUCCCACCGUACAUCAAGAAGUACAACCGGCGCAACAAGCAGCUGAUCGAUCUGCUCGAGGGUACGAUCGCGCCCCUGUCCGACUACAGUGCGCACAAGCACCGGGAGCGCAAGUACCAUCGCAGGAAAAAUCCCCACUGGAUGGAGGAGGACCUGUUCGAGGAGCAGCGACCGAACCAGGCGAAGGCACAGGGCCUCCAGCGCAACUACAUCCAGGAAACGAUCCAAUCCUCGACGAUACACUCGAACGCGCUGCCCGGCGAGGGCAUUCACAUCAUCUACGACAAAAAGCACGCGGCGGACCACGACGAUUUCGACGAUGGUGGCGGCGGGGGCGGUGCAGGGCCUCAUUUACUGUACGGUCGACCCACCAUCUCCAGCGGUGGUCAUUCGGUGGAUGGACAUCACCCGAACUACAAGCUGUCGUCCCGGGCUGGCCAGUUCGUGUAUCAUCGUGUUGCGUCACCGCAACCGGUUGGUGGUGCUGGAUAUGGACGGUUGAAGCGCCAACGUUUACCGUUUGUGGCGAUUACGGAUCGGCGCCUCAGUGCACCGCCGAAGCGUCGCCCUGCGUCGAACGGUGGUCCCAACCAUGUCAACAACAAUCUACUGAAUCACCAGCCGAUGCCUUAAGAAUCGAGAUCUGUCAAACUCUGUCUCCCCUUCACCUAGUCUGCUUAAUCUCUACGGACCUUCGUUAAUUGAGGGGUCAUUCCGCUUCAUCCACAACUUACCUGUCUUUCUUUCUUUCUUCAGUUAGCAAAAUCAAUCACAAAAGAAAAGUCGACAUAGUCGACAUAUGAAGGUGUCGCAUCUGGUUAGGCAAUAGUGUGAUCGCUUAACAUUCACAAUGUGCUAUAUUUAUUAGUUUAGCUUUUCAAAUAUAUUCUACACUUCCCACUUACACUCCUACCUGCUCCACCCCCUGUCCCAUCCAUCCCUGUAUUAUCCGGCUCCUUUUCGUUUCGUUCGCUAUGUAACCCACGUUCUAUUUCUCAUAGCUGGCAGCAUUCCGCUGACAGGACGCACUGGUGCGUCCUCACGUUAGUUCGCACCCGGAUUAUUAUCAUCCGGUUCAUCUGGCAAACCGUUUCCGUUUUCGCCGAAAAACUAAGGCUAGGGCUGACGGUGAGUUGCUAUCGAUCGAGUGCGAUCGCGCUGGGUUCGUCGUACGGGCAUCGCACACAGCACCCACCGAAAAGGGAGGGGAUGGCCAGAUGGUGCCCGAGCAAAGCAACAAAAACAUACAGAGAAACAGACAAAGGCAUCCCGCUGCUGUCCCGUGUGGCCGUGAUGUGGGUGGACGCUGAUAUAAAACCAAAAAUGGAACAAAAAAAUACAAGAUGAAAACAAAGCAAAGUAUUGUGAACACAAGCAGAAGACGAAGACAAUAUAUAUUUACCGAAGAGAUGAAGAUGAUGAUGCUGAUGAUAAUGAAUAUGCUCACGUGUAGGGUUUAGUAGGGUGGCAAAAGUCAGAAGCGAUAAUAUAAAGCGUGAAAAAAAAAACAAAAGAAUCAGAAGCGGCAAAGUUUAAAACAAAACCAACAAAAAAAAAACAAAACAAUACAAAACCAAAUCAAUACAAAAUGUUACAUAUGCACUUA